AGUAGGUACGUCGAGGCUUGAAGCCAUCCCGUCACGGAGAAUGCUUCGGGACUUCGCGCGACCUCCUCGACGACGCGUCGGGACCACGGCCUCGGCUAUACGUCGUCCUCUGGCGAUGUUCGACUUUUGAACAGCUGCGGAGGAGAUGGGCACAGGAGACAGAUUACUCGACAUACUGUGUGAUGUAUGCGGCGACCGUAGUUCUGGGAAACACUACGGCAUCUACAGCUGCGACGGUUGCUCGGGGUUUUUCAAGCGAAGUAUACACAGCAAUCGGGAGUACAUCUGCAAAGCCCAGGGUGCCAAGAAAGGACGUUGCCCGAUCGACAAGACCCAUAGGAAUCAAUGUCGUGCUUGUCGUCUCGCUAAGUGCUUCGAAGCUAAUAUGAACAAGGACGCAGUGCAACAUGAGCGCGGACCGAGGAAACCGAAACCCCACGCGAUUAUCUCGUCGGAGAAGCAGCAUCAACAACAGUCGCCGAUUGUCACGCAGUUGUCUCCUCACUCCGCGGCAUCGGUGCACAAUGAUCGGUUAAGACCGGCACUCGCUCCCCCGUAUAUUCUCUCGCCGCACAGAAGGUUAAGGUGCGACCAAAGAUUCACGCCUUACCCACGACCGAUGGCGCUGGUACAGAAACCGCCGGAGGAAUCACCGUCCCCCGUACCGCUGAUCCUACCGCACCCUCGCACGACCACGACCCUCUACCAGGCGGCCACCACCGUCUCCCUAGCGCCGCAGCCACCCCUUCUGCAGAUACUAAUGUCCGCCGAGGAGUGUCAGUUUCGUGCUCUCGUUGUACAAAUUACCGCCUCGCUUUGCCGUAAGGAACUGGUUUGGAACGCGCGACUGCAACCCACGGCGGAAUAUCCGAUGGAGCAGAUGGAGACGGAGACGAGUCGGAGUCCGACGGGCACCGUGCAGAGCUUCAGCCCGACCUGGGAGAUGCUGCAGGAGACGACGGCUCGACUGCUGUUCAUGGCCGUCAGAUGGGUGCGUUGCCUGCCUCCUUUUCAAACAAUAUCGAAGGACGAUCAGCUGCUGUUGCUGGAACGGUCCUGGACGCAGCUGUUCCUCCUGCAUUUGGCGCAAUGGUCCGUCUCUUGGGACAUCACCGCGCUCCUCGAGGACGAGCAAGUGCGCAGCAGACUACCCACGGACGACAGUCCGACGAACCAGGAGCUCGUCCUUAUUCAGGCUAUAAUCUGCCGAUUCAGGCAACUGUCCCCCGAUUUCGGCGAGUGCGGCUGUAUGAAAGCAGUGGCCCUGUUUACGCCAGAGACAGUAGGCCUGCACGCGGUCCAGCCCAUUGAGAUGCUGCAGGAUCAGGCGCAACGUAUUUUAGUGGAUUACACGAGGUCACGGUAUCCGCAGCAGCCCGGUAGAAUCGGCAGGCUGAUGAUUCUGGUCGGAUACCUGAGAUGCGUCUCUUCCAAGACUGUGGAACGUCUGUUCUUUCACGAGACCAUCGGGGAGAUACCGAUCUCGCGCUUGCUGGUCGACAUGUACCAAAUGGAGAAUGUUACAUUCGAGCGAAAACACAAUGUCCAAAUAUAUUCAAGAAAAUGUGAACAAUGAUCAACACGUUUCUGGUGACACCGGGCAUUCUACUUACAAAGGCCCUUGUACUAUCCACUAAACUAUCGCAUUUCUAAGUAAGGUUUACGUCAUUGCUACAUCAAACAGUCGUGUUUCUUUUAUGCAUGACCAUCCAAAUGAAAAAGAACGACGAAAGCAAAUUUACGCGGAGUAUCUACUUCAAUUCAUAUAUGUAUAUCCCAACGAUUACGAAAUGUAAGAAGAAGUAAUGGAAAUAUAUGCGCGUUUCGUUGCAAAACCCGAGCUUUCAGUCAGUGUAGAUCACAACAGUUUUAACGAAAGAGAUCAUUGUUUUGCUAUAUCGUUUAAGCGUUUGCUUGUAAACGUUUUUGUAAAAUGGUAAUAACAUACGCCCAAACAUAUUAUUUCGUGUAACAGCUGAUUUCUAAUUAUACGCCUUUAGAAUAUUUCAUAUGCUAGACAGAGCAAUUGACUGUAAAACCAUUGCGAAAAUUGUACUCGAAGAAAUAAUUGAGAAUCUGCAAUGCACCAUACGUCCCUCUCUGUGAUUCCCCGUGAGUAACGAAUUAUUAUGCCAAUUCGUUUUGUUGAAUAAUCAUGAUCGUGGAAUAAAUAUCAUAUACGUAUUGCAUCAGCAUAAAGCUAAGUCACACGAUAAAAAUAACGUAGGCGACGGAAGCAUCGCAAUGCAAUUAUUACAGGUGGAAAAGUACGGUAUAACAAUGUAAAAAGUGUGGUAUAAUAAUGGUGCUCUAAUUUUUUUAUAUCAUUGCUUUGGUAAAAUAUAAGUUUAUUCGUAAGACUCGCUCUCGAGUGCAGUGCGGAAUUAUUAUUACGAAUGACAACGUCGAACAAAGUCGUCGAAUGAAAAAACAUGUAUCAUAAAGCGAAGCUGUACUCCACAAUAUAAUUGUUAUAUCCUCAAAUUCUUUUGUUAAUAGAAUUAUUAAAUUUGUUAUACAAUAACGUAAAAGAUAUUAUAUAGCAUGCAGAAUAAGCUCUAUUCUGUAUUAAUAAAUGUCUCAUACAAAUAAA